AUGCUGAGAAGGAGGCCGCCCAGACGUUCGGACUGCUUGGCGCUGGUCUGCACGGUGGUGCGGGACUCUAUGGAGCUGGCGCUGCCGGUCUUCAUGGUGGAGCCGGCGUUGGUGCAGGUCUGUACGGUCGAGGUGCCGGCUAUGGUGGUGCUGGUGCUGGGCUGUACGGUCGAGGUGCUGGUGGCGUUGGUGCUGGUCUGUACGGUCGAGGCGCCGGAUAUGGUGGUGCUGGUGCUGGGCUGUUUGGUCGAGAAGCCGGCUACGGAGGCGCUGGUGCUGGGCUGUUUGGUCGGGAAGCCGGCUACGGAGGCGCUGGUGCUGGGGUCCGGAGCUGGCGUUGGCGGCGCGGGCCUCGGUAACGGAUACCGGCGGUGGUUGGUGUCGGAGGAACUACGGGUGUCGGUGCUGGUGCCGGUGUCGGAGGUGGUCGCCAAUGCUGGUGUCGGAGGUGGUGUCGGCGGAUCGGCCGGUGUGGGAGGAGCGGCAAGUACUGGUGUGGGUGGAGCUACGAAAACGACGGACGGCAAAACUAGCACAUCUACGUCGCAGAACGGCGGGGCCAAGGCAACUGCAACUACCACGACUGCAGGCACGACCACCGGCACUCGCCCGGCACGGGUGCUUCGACGAAGCAGACAGGUUAUCGCAUGCUGCGGUCGCAUUAAGAGCAGUCAUGACCGUGUCAGCUGCGUGACGGUCAUUGGAGGCACAUGUUACUUAGAGUUUGGCCUUUGCAAGAACCUACAAUGUAAGCAUACCGGUACAUAUGGGCCUCCGCAUACUAGCAAAAUGCUGGUCAUCAUGGCGUCCAAAAAGACCUUGUCCCUGUCGAUUACGACCGUCAAUGCGGGAAGGUUGCCGAGUGGCGCCGUCCAGAGCUCAUUUCCCAUUCUCCUCACUCGAGCUCACAUCAAACAGCUCUCGUGCAUUCGAAGGCUGUCCAAGAACACGCAAGCGCAACAUGUUCAGCAGUAGCAAGAUCGCCGCCGUGUGCCUCGCCGUCGUGGCGCUAACCAACAGCGCGUAUGCUGAGAAAGGAGGCCGCCCAGACGUUCGGACUGCUUGGCGCUGGUCUGCACGGUGGUGCGGGACUCUAUGGAGCUGGCGCUGCCGGUCUUCA